UGAAGUAAAAAAUAUCAGUUAAAAUGAAAGCAGACUGACAUGGUUGACACUUUUCAUUGAGUAAUUCAGCAUUAUUUUCAUGGUUUAUUUUUAUUUGUUAGAAAAAUGUGAUUGCUCGCAUUGAUCGGCGAAGUUACGCAGUGCGUUGAUGAUUUUUCGCGAAUGAACAUUUGGCAUGACUUGAAAGUGUUCCAAAAAAUUCUAAUAAUUAACGUGUUUCUAAUGGCUGGUGUUAGUAUAUAUUUCUUACGGACAAAUGCGCUAAAGUUCCUUGUAAUGUGAACUAAAGACACAUUAUUCGACGAAGAACUCUUGUAAAAUUCGAAGUGUUUCCAAAAUGUCAUCCAAUUUGAGGACUGUGUUUAUUCUCUUCUAUUUAAUAGGCCUAAAUAUUAUAGGAGUGUGGUCUCUGAAGUGUAGAUGUGAUGAUUUCUGCAAACAUACAAAUGAUACCUGUGAAACUGAUGGUUACUGUUUUACUUCAGUUCAGUUCAAGAAAAAUACUAAUGAAGUCCUCUAUAAUUAUCGAUGUUUUCACAAGGAGCAGUUUCCCGAUAUCGUUGCUGGCGCCAGUAAACACGGCGAGUAUUGCAACGCUACGAAAAUGGACGGCGACAUCUACCGGGUGACCGCGUGUUGUCAAACCGGCGAUUUCUGUAAUCGGGAUCCUUUGCCGCUCCCCGAAGGUGCGACGGGCGCGACCUUGAGCUCGCUGGAGAUAGUGGCUUGCAUCGCGAUACCUAUUCUGAUUGUGUGCAUAAUAGUUUUGGUCGUCUACUUCUACCGCACCGGCAAUCAGAAGAAAAGGGGACUACAUCAUCAUUUGAGACCGGGCGAUGACAGCAUCGAGGCCCCGGACCAUCCGAUUUUGAGCAAGGGUGUGAGUUUGAAGCACAUGAUCGAGAUGACCACCAGCGGCAGCGGAUCGGGUCUGCCGUUGUUGGUUCAGAGAAGUAUCGCCCGGCAAAUCCAACUGAUCGACAUAAUCGGUCAGGGCAGAUUCGGGGAGGUAUGGCGCGGCAGAUGGCGCGGUGAAAACGUGGCAGUGAAAAUUUUCAGUUCGAGAGAGGAACGGUCGUGGUUUCGGGAGGCCGAGAUUUACCAAACCGUGAUGCUUCGCCACGAGAACAUACUCGGAUUUAUAGCGGCCGAUAACAAGGAUAACGGCACGUGGACCCAAUUGUGGCUCAUAACCGACUACCACGAGCACGGUUCCCUAUUCGAUUUCCUAGGCAGGAAUACUUUGGACACCGGAGGCAUGAUUCGGAUGGCUUUGUCCAUCGCGACGGGUCUAGCUCACCUCCACAUGGAUAUAAUGGGGACUCAAGGAAAACCCGCGAUAGCCCACCGCGAUUUGAAAUCGAAGAACAUCCUGGUUAAGUCCAACAGGACGUGCGCCAUCGGCGACCUCGGUCUCGCCGUCAGGCACGACGUCACCACCGAUACGGUAGACAUACCGUUGAACAACAGGGUGGGCACCAAGCGUUAUAUGGCUCCCGAGGUGUUGGACGAAACCAUGAACGUGGAUCAGUUCGAUUCGUUCAAAAGGGCCGACGUAUACGCGUUGGGGUUAAUAUUUUGGGAGGUCGCGCGACGUUGCAACGUAGGCGGCAUCUACGACGAGUACCAGUUACCAUUUUACGAUGCGGUGCCGCCGGAUCCGACCAUCGAAGAAAUGAGAAGGGUCGUGUGUUACGAACGGCAGAGGCCGAACAUACCGAACCGUUGGCAGAGUUGCGAGGCGCUCCACGUCAUAUCGAAACUAAUGAAGGAAUGCUGGUACCACAACGCGACGGCGCGGCUGACCGCCUUGCGGAUAAAAAAGACACUCUCUAACUUCAGAGCAUCUGAGGAGUUGAAAAUGUAAUUUUGCGGAGAAGGCGGAAUUCUCGGGUCCUCAGGUAAUAAAAUAUUUGGGAAUAAUGUGAUGAUUACAAAUUAAUUUUAAGUUUUUUUUUAUACAUAGUAUAAACUAGACUGUUAGAUUUUUGUUUGUUUGUUUUCGUUCAGUAACGCGUUUCGGUUUUGUCGGUGAUCCAAACGAGUAUUAUGUGGAAGUUGGUGCGCCGCCCCGAUCGGUCCCUGCGGUCGUUUUCGCCCUUAUCGGCAAGUACCACAUAGCUAUCAGAUGGAAUAAAGAACUGUUGUGACAUUUUCAUACAGCGCAUGCCCCUAGAUUUGACCCAGUGACGGCCAUGGGCCGGUGGGAGGUCAGGAAUGUUGGCAAAAGCGCCAGCGCCAUGCAGCGGAGGGUGUCCCAACUUGAGAUAUUUUGAAAAAUGCCGGUAAAGAAAUCUUUUGCUUUUAAGUAUGGUGCUGCCAUCUGUUAGAUAAAACAUGAGAUAGAGUUCUGGCAACAUUUUAAAUUUAACCUUUAAUUUACAUCGUUCGACAAGUUACAUAAAAAAUACAGCAGGUCAUAUGUAUUUUUCAAUUAUUUUUGUUAAACCGUUUAAAUUAAAUGUGUACAUGCUAUGAACAUGAUUCUUGAGGCUACUCAACUACAGACUACAUAAGUUAAAUUUAUUUAAUGUUAUUGUUAGCUAUUUUGGCGAACGAUUAACUUUCUUAGCAAGUCUCGACAACACAACAAUAAUAAGUAAUAUAUUGUUUAUAAUUGACCAACGCCAAUAAGGUAUUGGAAAAAACCCAUUCUGAUUAUCUGCUUGCGUAAAAACGUAAACAUUAAGAUUCUCAUCCCUUUUGGGUGGUAUGUGCUGAAAAUGUCGAAUUGUUGAUAGGUCAGCGGCCAUGUUGAUUGUUGAACGCCGCUAGGUUUUGCGCAUGCGCAUAUUGAUAGUCCCUUUCCAACAUAUUUUCCAUGUUGGCUUCGGAUGCAUAGCCAAGGCCUUUAUAUUUCCGGUAGCUGUGUGGCGAAAACAAACGAGACCGUUUCGGGGGUUGCGGGUGUGUGCGUGCGUGUGUUUCCGAAUAUACAAAAUCCACUGCCUUGUUAAACAAUAUUCCAGCCCAUUCCUUAUCCGAUAGACCGCAAUCUUCUUCCGUAUACACGAAAGUCAGCCCGCGUUCCAAGGUUAAAUUGUUGUAUUUCCUACACUCAUCCCAAAAGUUGUUUAAGAAAAACCUGUUUUGAGGUUUCGAUUCGCAGCUGUCAUUUGCGAUGUGGCCUUUGUAUGGAAAACUUAGUUAUUAAUGACUACACAAAAAUGUCGGUUGCACAUUCCGGUCCUAAUUUUUCGAGACUUAAAAAAUUGUUUAAUCAGAUCUUCAAUAGUACAUGUAGCUUCUGGACUAUGGCGGAAAGUUGAAAAAUUGUGUAAAUACCUUUUUCAUUGUAAUUUAUAGUCAAAGUUCAUUCAUAAUAAAUAUCCGGUUUAGACCCUUCUGUAAUUAUUCAGUUUUAAUUUCAUUUUCGCGACGUUUUAACUCCCAUAUUACCUUUUAGAUUUUAAUGCGUCACGGUUUCUUUUUUAUUAUUAGAGUUCGGACUUUUAUGCACAGAAAAUGCUUAAAAUAUGCAUAUAAAUAUGUCUGUUUUUUCCAAAAAAUAUGUCAAAUAGAUGCUUUUUUCAACCACCUAUGCACUUUUAUGCCUUUUAUUUUUUACAUAUAUUGUUUACUGAAAAUCAAAGAAAGAAUAGUCAAACAACGAAACAAUUUACAACAUAUUUACAGUUUUUAUACAUAAAAAUAAUAAUACUUAAUUUUGAGUAUUUAUUAACAUUAGCUAAUAACAAAUUAGUGAUUUAUAUUAUAUACUUAUACCUAACCUAUAUUAAAGCAUUACGGUAAAACCUAUUUAGUUUUACAAUCAGACCUAUUAUUAUUAUUGUACCAAUUGAUAAUUAGAUGCUGUUCUAAAUUUUCUAUGGUUAAUUUUUGUCUUUUAUCGCUUAAUAUAAUUUUGUACUUGGAGAACGUCAUUUCGACGUCGACCGAAGUAAUUGGCGUUAAUUUAAAUGGAGCAAGAUGUUCUGGUUCCAAAUAAUGUAACUCAUUAUCAACCGUCGCAUCUAAUGAUAAAAUUUUUGAAAUUUUUAGUAACUUUUGAAACCUUUUAUUUUUUGUUGUUACUUGUUGUUUAUUAUAUAAUAAAUUAUUAUUGUUUAAAUGAUUGUUUGGCUGUUUCAAACUUAUUGAACAUUAAAAUUGGCAUUUUAAAGCCUCAUUUAUAGUUAUAAAAACACAGUAAGUGAAAGUUUUUGUAGUAGGUAACAAUAAAAUUUUUAUACUAGAAAAUAAUAUGUUGUGUCAAUAUAAUUUUAUUAUGAGUAUAACAGAAGAAAUAAAUAAUAAAAAACAUAACAUAGUCCAUUCUGACGGUCCUGAAAAAACGAAACUUUAAAUCUAAAUUUGAAACACACCAUUUUGUUUCUGUUACAAAAUUAGCCACUAGAAAGUGUCCACAAAAUCACAAUAUCUUUUAUAUUAAGCAAAAAAUGGCAAUAUUUAUUAUGCCAUUUUUAAAGCCUCAAAACAUUAGGACAGCUUUGUAGCUUCAAUAAUAACCUAGUUUCCCAUAAGAAAUAAUCGAAAAAGGGACACCCCGUAGAUAAAAGCUCCGGAUCAUUAAUCAGCGAGGUGCCGGUUUGCGAUUCGCAAUCGAAUUGUAGAUGGCGCCUCCGUUCAGUCAUUCCCUUAUUCUGUCAUACUAGUCAACUGUUCGGUUUGGAUUAUAAUUGUAAAUUUUUUUCUUUUAACGCGCCGACCUUUCCCCGGGGGUGCCAGCGCGCCUCAAAUGUCAAAUGUACUUUACCAGUUGUCGGGAAAAUGUCACAAAUCGGGGAAUCCUGAUGGUUCUGCUCGGGUACUAUGAAAGUGAAUCGCUGGCAACCUCGCCUUUCCUUUUACGCCACCGUUCUUUUCCUGCAUGACUGUGGGCGUGUGUGUGUGUGGGCAUUCGUAGUUCCUACAGUCUUCGAGCCGUUUUUAGAUAUCUCUUCGCUUUUACGCUAAUAUAUAUUAAAUCGUUUGGACUCGGUCGAUAGGAAACCUAACCUCGUAUAAGUUUGGACCAAAACUUCUUUAAUCGUAGUCAAAAAUUAAAACAAUAAAUUUAAACCAAAUGCUACAUUUUAUCUCCAUUUCUAAUUUUUUUUUUUGCAUAAUUAAGUUCCUUGAUUUUCUGAUAAGAAUUUAAUAGGUCGACCUCUACACACUUCCGGUUUUCCGGGCCUAGUUAUUCGUAAUUUUUAUUUAAAUAUGAUGUUGACUUAAUUUAUAAGCUGGAUGAGAUUUUGGACAUGGUUGCACGGGUUUGUUAGCGGAAACUUAUACGAGGUUAUGCUCAGUGUAAUUUAGGACGCUAGGUGUGCGAUUUCGCUAAUUCUUACAUUUUAAGUAUCCUCGUCUGAGCGAUGUUAUUUUGCUUUCGCAAACCUAGCAAUUAAAUUCAUAUACGCCCCGACGGCUGUUCCCCCUUUUCACUCAUUUAUUCACCGUUUUGUACAAAUUACUUACGUUUUAGUAUGUAUAGUUCUUAAUAUUAAAUAACAACUUGUAAUAGUAAGUUGUAAAAUUGGUGGAUCCGCGAGAUAAGCGCCCGGGUUAGUUAUUUUUGUUCCUUGGAAAACACUCCUUGCAUAGAACAUAUACGACUGACUGCAUUGUCAAACCAGAACUUGUGCUCAGUUUCUAUUUUGAUUAGAAAAGAAAAUAAAUAACAUUCGUGAAUUAUUUUACAUGAUAACGUUUUUCCUAUUUUUCUCUUGAGCAGUUCAACAACCUGAUGUGGGGUUUCUUUAUUGGCAUUCUCGGCCAUCGUUAGGGGCGCUGCUACACUAAGCAAAAGUAACUCUCGAGUUUUUGGUGAAUUUUGCGUCUACAAAAAACAAAAUUUGUUCUUGCACCAAGCAAGAGUUUUUGUUUGUAUCGGAUUCGAUCAACAUGCAGUUUUGUUACAUAGUAAAGCUCAUAUCUUGAAAAUCCUCGGUCAUCCGCCAUGAUUUUUUCUUCCUAAAAUGUUAUCUUUCUUUGAGUGUUUAAAGAUGUAAAACAUUUUUCGCGUUGCGUUACUUUUCAAAUAAAAAUUAAAAAUUUAGGUUACUUUUAAGAUCAGGUUGAUGGUGGGAAUGUUAUUUUUCUACUCGCCUUUUAGUUUGCGGAAAUUUUACCGCGUCAGUUGGUAGACUUUUUAAGUCACUUCAAAGGUCGUGCCAAAUAAACUCGCGAGUCACUCAGAGCUAGCGUACAACUGGGACAUAAAAAAUUGAUUAUUGUUUGUAAAUUCAGUGACUGGUUUCCUUCUUCAGCAGGAUUUUGCUUUUGAUUUGCUACGCCAAUCGUUUGUCGCCUUCCUCCACCUUUCUCACCGCAAUUUUCACCUUUAUUCCUCCAUUUUUGUCUUGAAAAGCGUGAAAGUGAAUCAUCACUUCGCUUUGUACGUGAUAGUUCUGUAACGAUUUUAGUUAAAUUUCCUAUAAUGUAACGAAUAAAUCUCAUAAAAUUUGAAAAACAGUAAAAUGAACUAAACGCAAACCGCAACAUAAGGUGUCCGUCAAGUCGGUACCUGUUUUCGCAAAUUUGCAUGUUGGACGUUAAGGUCGCAUGGAAAAAUUGGUAACAGUGAAAAGCCAAAAGGAGCGAAAUAGUCCGGGUGCUUGGGUCUCGCUUUCGUAAACUAGGGUUAUAUUUGGAUUCGUCGUUUUUAAUUGGUGAAAAGACUGAUUUAAAAUUUUACUUUUUAAGAUUUCUGUUGCAAAGAGAAAAAUUGUUGCACGUUUACGCGACGCGAUGUAGUUUGUUGCAAUUUUUAUUGUCCCUUCUGUAGUUUUACGUUUCGAUUUCGCACGGGAAAAUUAUAUUCGCGUACUACAUUAAGAAUAAAAAAAACACUAUAGAUGUUAUAAAGCGGACAGAUUGGUACAAUACUUGGUCAAAUUUUGCGCGACACGCGGAGGAAACGCUCGGAAAAUUUUCGGUCGUUCAAAAUUAACAAAAAAAAAGGAAACCUCCCCGUGUAUAUGUUAUUCGUUGAAAACAAGGCCUAAAAAACAUUUUUCAUCACAAUUUUGACGGGUAGGUGUGCCAUUUUGACCUCGUUGUCGGUGUGUCGUUGAAAUUUAUUGUUCAUGUCAUUUGUCAAUAUUGUAAAUAAUACAGAAUCGAACUGUCUAAGCUCUCGGGGAAGCCCCCGUUCGGCCGCGGCUUUUGCAUGUGGGUUUGUUGAAAUUUUUCGGUUUCGGUUCGUGUUACAAGGCGAGGGGGUGACCCGCGGGACCGCAGUUAACCAAUAAAUGAGAAUAAUGGUAACCUAUUUUUUGAGAAAAAUAACAAUAGUGCUGUUCCCAAUGGUACAAAUUCAAUGUCGAAGAGUUUAUACAAGCAUAAACUGUUGUGUAGUUUUUGCCGUAUGUCUGAGCGAUACGGUUACAUCCACCCGGUAGAAUAGAAGUUCACGUGUCGUUAGUAGUUCUGAUGCAUCGCUCAUUAACAUUAAAAUUGAUCGUUCGAAAUUGUAGCUCACGAAUUAACGGAUGUAAUCGUAUGGCAGUGACGAAAGGUAUAGAGAUUAAGGUAUAUAUAUUCACUUAAAAAAAAUAAAUAAAAAGAACGAAAAAAAUCAUUACACUUUCGGUAACUUUGUACAACUUGGCAACCCUAUACGAAUACUAUAAUCUCUAUCGAAGAUACAAAUAAAAAUUCCUCAGGAUAAAUAGAUGUACACACAAAUGCAAUAGAUGACUUA